CCCAAAUGCGCUGCAGCGGUUUAAAUAGUCGCUGUGUCUGUUUGUGAGCAGCGCACCUGGGUGUCGUGUAGCGGGUUAGUAACAACUCAAUAUAUUUGUCUCUCGGCUUUUUUUUUAUUUAAAGUUUUACAGUUUACUUUACGAGGUUUAAAAAGAGGUAAACCGAGGAAAGGGUUACCGAAGGAAAAGGUUUGUGUGGAACACAGUAGUUUCAGCAGAUCAUGGGUACCAGCGAGAGCAAGAUGGCUGUAGAACCAACGCCCAAGCCAGAUCCAAUUCAGCGUCUAAAGAAUCAACGCUUAGCCCAUCUCGCAGAUCCUCGAUCUCCCUCCUGCGAAAUCAACCGUACACCUAUACAGGUGAAUGGAGUAGCAUCUAAAAUCCAAGAGAUUCAGGAAUCAGUUGGCCCUGUGUUUGUUGAUCCGCGUUCACCUUCUGUUGGCAUUGUUCGCACGCCACUAAAGGACAGCAUGAAAGUAACAGUCACCUCACUGGCUCGUCGGUUGAGCACAUUCUUCCUUAACGAUGUGAUGGUUGGAGACUCUGUCCCCACUCCUCCCCCACCUGUGUCCUUUAUGGAACAUCAUAGGAUGCCUAGUGUAGAGCAGAAAGAAGAGCCGAGCUCCAAUGAGCCCCUCCUCCCACCUCAUUCCGAUGACCCUCUUAAUGGGCCUAUCAAAUGUCCAUCUACUCCGACAAAUUUCAGCUCUUCCAUGGGUUAUGGCUCCUUCUGCAGCAGUCCAUUUGUGGUGGUCAGUGGGGUUCAGGUGGAGGUUGGGGCAGAUGCUGACACCACUAUUGAUGAGGCUGAGGAGGCUGUCCUUAUGGCCGGGUCUCCCCUUAAGCGUGAGCUCAGUCUCAGCAUGCUCGGCUGCCGUGAGGGUGUUUACUCGCCAGAGUUCUUCCCCUCCGCUGAGGAGCGUCCUUCCACUCCUCUUCCUCCUUUGGAGGACAGGCAAGAUGUGAAUCAUUCUUCUGCACAGCCUUGCAUCACCUGUGAGCCCAUACAGUCUGCUCCUGUUCCAGUCCAAGAAGCCAUCUUGCCAACAAGCACUACUGACCUGCCACAGUCACCUGAGCAGGAGGUUGUUGUAGAAAAAACUGCUAUUCUGCCAGAGCCAGUUUUUAAACAGCCUGAGAAGCCAGUGUUGGCCAAUUCUGAACCAAACAAGAGUGAGGUCCCGGUACAUGGUAUAACAUUUCCCAGGUUUGACACCCGUAGCCCGAGCCAGGCUGUAUUUAAACCCCAGUGGCUGGGUGUUGGAUUUGGCGUGUCGGGUGUCCGUGCUAGAGGAGUUCAGAACCGUGGGAGAGGACUCUCCUCCCCACUGUCCACCCGCAGACCAGCUACUGAUGAGAAUGAGAAUAAGGUUGUGGUCAACAAACAAAAGCAGAGAGGUAAUUUGCAAACAUGCAAAACGCUUAUUGGUGAAGGCAGGUCCCCUUUGCAGAUCCUCAAGGAAACCAAUUCACCCAGAAAAAACAGUGCACAGAUGAAGCUGAAGGUUUCUACUCCAGAGCAACAGAGGUUUGGACAAAUGGACAGAAGAGCCCUCAUUCUUUCUCUGAACAAAGAGAACUAGUCCAGGGCAGAAAUUGGUUUACAUUUCUAAGCAUAAACUCUGUACAUAGGCUUAGUUUCUCUCUCAGAAAGCAGCUGUACAGUAAUUAUAAACGGUGUGUGUGUGCCUUGUGGAUGUAAUUUUACGUUCCUUUUCUGCCAUCUUUUCAGUGUCUUCCUUUUUUUCCUAAACAUUUGUAAAUAAAAUCAAUUUUAAUUUUA